GUUUUUAACUCAGAUAUAGUCUCUUACUUUUUUCCUCUUUUGUCUAAGCGAUUCUUUUCUCAAAAUUCUUCUGAGAAAAAAAGUCCGUUUUUGAAUCAAAUCAACUCUUUCAUUUUUCGUAUUUCUAGGGUUCUGAUUUUUUGGCAGGGGUUCGCUCUGCAAUUUCAGGCAUUUAUCAACUCGGAUAUGUGAUCGAGAGUAGGUAAACCGAGUUGGGCUCAGUUGCGAUUUUCCCCAGCAAUCGAGUUUUAUGUGCUGUAUUGAUUGUGGAGCUCGCCCAAUUUCCAUAUCACAUUCCAGAGUUGGUACUUAUGGCUUAAUUGGAGCUCCCAUUGGGUGAGAGUCAUAACCAAUUGAACCUCCUAGUGGUCUUGGAAGCUAUAUGAGCUCAACAACUGCUCAUUUACCCCAUGUAAUGUGAUACUUGCAAAUGGGUAUACUUUAAAAAGUAUUUGCCUACUGACUAUAAAGCUUUAGUAAGAAAGAUGCCUUCAUGGUGGGGGAAGUCGUCAUCCAAAGAAGCUAAGAAGAAGACAAGCAAGGAAAGUUUCAUUGAAUCAUUGCAUCGGAAAUUUAGGAUCCCAUCUGAUGGCAGAGUUAACAAUAGACCUGAGGUUUCUCGAAGACGUUGCAGUGACACAAUUUCUGAAAAAGGAUCUCGAUCACCCCUGGAAUCUAGAUCUCCCUCACCUUCUAAACAAGUACCAAGGUGUCAAAGUUUUGCUGACAGACCUCAUGCUCAGCCUCUUCCACUUCCAAGUCUACAUCCUGCUAGUGUUGGCCGUACAGAUUCUGGAAUUAACUUAUCACCAAGAUGCGAGAAGGGAUCCAAGCCAUCAUCAUUUCUUCUCCCAAAGCCAAAAUGCUUGCGUAGUAGGCCCAAUCCCUCUGAUUUAGAUGGUGAUUUGGUCACUGGUUCAGUGUCUAGUGAAAGCUCAGGUGAUAGUGAUGAACCAGCUGACUCACGUCAACGUAGUCCUCAGGCAACUGACUAUGACAAUGGAACUAGGGCUGUUGCAGGAAGUCCUUCCAGUGUGGCGCUCAAGGAUCAAACCCCUAAUGUUUUCCAAAUAAGCCCAAGGGAAGCAAAAAAACCAGCUAACCUCCCUACCAAUAAUCAUAUUUUGUCCACAUCACCAAAACGAAGGCCUUUAAGCAACCAUGUGCCGAAUUUAUUGGUUCCUUAUAAUGGUGGUUUCUGCAGUGCUCCAGACAGCUCCUUGUCAAGUCCCUCUAGAAGUCCAAUGAGAGCAUUUGGCUCUGAGCAAGUAGUGAACUCCGCCUUUUGGGCAGGGAAGCCAUAUGGCCCAUUUCCGGAUGUUACUUUAGCUGGAUCUGGUCACUGCUCUAGUCCUGGUUCAGGUCAUAAUUCUGGACAUAAUUCUAUGGGGGGGGACAUGUCCGCACAGUUUUUUUUGCAACAAAGCAGGGGUAGCCCUGAAUACUCCCCUGUACCCAGUCCUAGAAUGACUAGCCCUGGCCCUGGCUCAAGAAUUCAUAGUGGUACUGUAACACCUAUCCACCCCAGAGCAGGCGGGAUGCCCAGUGAUUCUCAGACAAGCUGGCCUGAUGAUGGCAAGCAACAAAGUCACCGUUUGCCUCUUCCUCCUGUGACAAUCUCUAAUCCUCCCCAUUUUUCUACAAAUUCAGCAGCAACAUCUCCUUCUGUCCCACGAAGUCCAGGAAGGGCAGAGAAUCCUGCAAGUCCCGGUUCUCGCUGGAAAAAAGGAAAACUGAUAGGUAGAGGCACAUUUGGGCAUGUUUAUGUUGGUUUCAACAGCGAGAGUGGAGACAUGUGUGCAAUGAAGGAAGUUACAUUGUUUUCAGAUGAUGCAAAGUCAAAGGAAAGUGCUAAGCAAUUAAUGCAGGAAAUUACUCUACUAAGCCGUUUAAGGCACCCGAACAUUGUGCAGUAUUAUGGAUCUGACACGGUGGGUGACAAAUUAUAUAUAUACCUGGAGUAUGUAUCAGGGGGGUCAAUCUAUAAAUUGCUCCAGGAUUAUGGACAAUUUGGUGAACUGGCAAUUCGUAGUUAUACUCAACAGAUCUUGUCAGGCCUUGCAUAUUUACAUGCUAAAAAUACAGUUCACAGGGAUAUUAAAGGAGCAAAUAUACUUGUAGACCCAAAUGGCCGUGUUAAGUUGGCAGACUUUGGGAUGGCAAAGCAUAUCACUGGUCAGUCAGCAUUAUCAUUCAAGGGAAGCCCCUACUGGAUGGCACCUGAGGUAAUAAAAAAUUCAACUGGCUGCAACCUUGCGGUGGAUAUCUGGAGCCUUGGAUGCACCGUUUUGGAAAUGGCUACUACAAAACCACCUUGGAGCCAGUAUGAAGGAGUUGCUGCUAUGUUUAAGAUUGGUAAUAGCAAGGAGCUUCCAGCAAUUCCGGACAACUUAUCACAGGAUGGAAAGGAAUUUAUAUUACAAUGCUUACAACGAAAUCCAAUUAAUCGUCCUUCAGCUGCUCAACUUUUGAAUCACCCUUUUGUGAAAUAUGCUGCACCUUUGGAAAGAUCUAUUUUGAGUCCCAAGGCCUCAGAUCCCUCCCCUGCUGUGACAAGUGGAGUAAAAGCUCUGGGAAUUGGGGAAGCUAGAAGUUUAUCCUCGUUGGAAUCAGAUAGACUUGCAGUCCAUUCUUCUAGAGUACUGAAAACUACUCCCCAUUCCAGUGAGAUCCAUAUUCCACGAAAUGUAUCAUGCCCUGUCUCGCCCAUUGGAAGCCCUUUAUUGAACUCAAGAUCACCACAACACCUAAAUGGAAGGAUGUCUCCCUCUCCUAUCUCUAGUCCACGGACCACUUCAGGCUCAUCCACACCCCUAACGGGCGGCAGUGGUGCCAUUCCAUUCGGUCACCUAAAACAGUCAGUAAAUUUGCAAGAGGGUUUUGGAAGCAUGCCAAAGCCUUUAACCAGCCUCUAUGUAAAUGGCCCCUCUUAUCAUGAUUCCAGUCCUGACAUCUUCCGAGGGAUGCAACCAGGAUCACACAUCUUUUCAGAACUUGUGCCCUGUGAAAAUGACGUUCUAGGGAUGCAAUUUGCGAGGCCUGCUCAUGGAGAGUAUGAUGGACAGUCAGUUUUGGCUGAUCGUGUAUCUCUACAGCUUUUGAGGGAUAAUGCUAAAAUUAACCCAUCACUGGACUUGAGUUGCAGUUCUCCCUUGCCUAGUCACACAAAUUGUGUCUAACAUGAGGCCUUUUUUAAAGACCCACCUAUGAGAGUGAGUAUAUCCAAGUCUUUUAAGACUAUUUUUGGUUCUACAGGAUCAAUUCAUGCAUCAUGUUAAAUUGCCAAAGAAGCUAAUUUCUACAAUAAGGAUCCGAAGUGGAAGAACUGUGAAUAAGGUAUAACAGUUGGAAAGUGGAAAAAGAAAUACUGGAGGCAGAUAAUUAUUUCACUUAUCAGGUGGCCGCGCCUAUCUUUGAAUGAUGUGCGAAAGCUACCAAAAAAUAUUCAGUUAAAGCUGGCUUCCGGGCUAAUAAGAAAAUCUUGUGCUGGGUGACAUGAGACUGCUCCAGCUCUUACAGAGUUUUCCGUUCAGAGUUCGGAGUGCCGUCUCAUGUUUUACUGACCCAAGGUACUAAAAAAUUUGAUUUUGCCUAUGGAGCAUGGCUUGUAAUGAUCCAAUGUUUUCCCAGUUCCUCCAUAAGAAAAAAGAUUCAUGGCUGUGAGAACUGUAUAUUUGUUUAGAUCAUGGUAUAGAAAAAAGAAAUACAAUUUUUUUCCCUGUUUGGGUCUGAAACUGCUGUACAGAAGAUGGAAAACUGAAUUUGGGUCCGGAGAUUGAACUGAACAGUAAGCACUAAGCCAUUAUUGAGUCUGCCCUUUUUGAUUUAUUAGCCGGCUCGAAUGUAACUUUGUAUACUCUUUACUACCUAAUUUGUUGUAUGUAACAUCAUCACCACUUCAAUGGAAUGAAAAUUAUAAUUCCAAGGCCCCA